UGGCUCUGAAGCGUAUGUUGAAUUUUAAUGUACCACCAGUUAAAAACAGUACAGGUGAACCAGUCUGGAAAGUUCUCAUCUAUGACAGAUUUGGCCAAGAUAUAAUAUCUCCACUGCUAUCAGUGAAAGAAUUGAGAGACAUGGGCAUUACUCUGCAUCUUCUUCUACACUCCGAUCGAGACGCUAUUCCAGAUGUCCCAGCAAUAUACUUCGUAAUGCCAACAGAGGAAAAUAUUGACAGGAUCUGCCAGGACCUUAGAAGUCAACUUUAUGAGUCUUAUUAUUUAAAUUUUAUUUCUGCCAUUUCAAGAAGUAAACUUGAAGAUAUUGCAAAUGCUGCUCUGGGUGCCAGUGCAGUGGCACAAGUGGCUAAGGUUUUUGACCAAUAUCUCAAUUUCAUUACUUUGGAAGAUGAUAUGUUUGUACUGUGCAAUCAGAAUAAGGAUCUUGUUUCAUAUCGUGCCAUUAACAGACCAGAUAUAACAGACACGGAAAUGGAAACCAUUAUGGACACAAUUGUGGACAGCCUUUUUUGUUUUUUUGUUACACUUGGAGCUAUUCCAAUAAUCAGGUGUUCAAGAGGAACAGCAGCAGAAAUGGUGGCAGUGAAACUAGAUAAGAAACUGCGAGAGAAUCUCAGAGAUGCCAGAAACAGCCUUUUCACAGGUGACACACUUGGGGCUGGACAAUUCAGUUUCCAGAGGCCUCUCCUAGUUCUGGUUGACAGGAAUAUCGAUUUGGCAACGCCUCUACACCAUACUUGGACCUACCAAGCCUUAGUGCAUGAUGUACUGGAUUUUCAUUUGAACAGAGUUAUUUUGGAAGAGUCUUCAGGAAUGGAAAGUUCUCCAGCAGGUGCUAGACCAAAGAAAAAAAAUAAAAAGUCAUACGAUUUAACUGCAGCUGAUAAAUUCUGGCAGAAACAUAAAGGAAGUCCUUUUCCAGAGGUAGCAGAGUCAGUUCAGCAAGAGCUAGAAUCUUACAGAACUCAAGAAGAUGAAGUCAAGCGGCUGAAAAGCAUUAUGGGACUAGAAGGUGAAGAUGAAGGAGCAAUAAGUAUGCUAUCUGAUAACACAGCUAAACUGACUUCAGCUGUUAGCUCUCUUCCAGAGCUGCUAGAAAAGAAGAGGCUCAUAGAUCUUCAUACAAAUGUGGCAACAGCUGUUCUGGAACAUAUAAAGACACGGAAACUAGAUGUGUAUUUUGAAUAUGAAGAAAAAAUCAUGAGCAAGUCCACACUGGAUAAAUCACUUUUGGAUAUGAUCUCCGACCCUGAUGCCCUGCAAGCUGCCGUCCCUCCCAAUGCUCUGGUGAGAACUGGAAGGAGAGAAGGGGAGAGAGAGAGAGAGACUGGGCAAGCUGUAAAACAGCUGUUACACACCAAAGAGGGGGCCCUCUUCCCCAUGGGGCUUCACCAGCAGGCCCAAGGCCUUCCACACCUGCUUCACCAUCAUCACCACAGCUGCUGCCAAAGACUGCUGAGGAGCCUGCCUCACUCCCCCUGCCCCCCGGGCCCACAAACUGCUGUCCAUCACAGCACCCCCUCCUGAUACCCCGGUGAAAGCAGAAGAGAAAGGUUGGGCAAGCAAGUGGUAUUAAUUCACCUAAGGUAUGAAAACUUCUAGCACCUCUAAUCCAAAGAAAGAGGCAUGAGGGUGCUAGGAUCAUUGCCCAAGAGGAAAGGGGGCGGCAGCCCAAAAAAGUGUGGGGACCACUGCUAUAGAGCAACACUUGCCAUAUCAAUAACUGUUUUAAUGUAUUUAUUGUUACUUGAAGGAUAUGCCGUAUUCAGCACUCAGGUACCUAUCUCCUAUUUUUGUUUUUAGAGUUGAGCAUGCUUUUCUCAACCACUGGAGGGUAAUAUUCCAGUAUAUUAUUCCUCCCUGUUGCUCCAAACAGGAAGAUUUAAUGCAAAUAAGAAUAUUUGUUCCCUUUGUCUUCUAGUCUGAUUUUUCCUGUUUUGCAAGAGAUCUCUGCUCUUUGACCAUUUGGAGAGGGGUGUUUCAAGUGUGUUUCAUUUAACAAUGGAACGCAUUUUUCCUUUCCACCACACCUAACAUACUUAUGUAUUAGCAUUUACACACUACCUUAUCUACUAAAACGUGAUCAGGGCCAGGUUGUUGUUGUUGUUAGUCUCAAAGUCAUGUCCGACCCAUCACGACCCCAUGGACAACAUUCCUCCAGGCCUUCCUGGCCUCCACCAUCCCCCAGAGUCCACUCAAGCUCACACCAACUGCUUCAGUGACUCCAUCUAGCCACCUCAUCCUCUGCCGUCCCAAUUUAAAACAGUGAAAUCUUAAACCUAUAACAGUAUAAACAUUAAGAACAAUAGAACCAUUACAACUAUAAAUUUUGAAACACUAAAAAAGGAAUCUUGUGACCCCUAGACUUCAGCUGGCAGGCCACAGGAUACUUUGAAUUCCCAGAUCUGAGGUCAGAAACACAGCCCAGAACUGGGAAUCCACACUGUGAUCUCUCGCUUUCCCCCACAUCACAGCUGGCGCAGAUAGAACCACGCCAGCUGCCACUCCAAGCUCAGGAACUUGACCUUGGAAUAAGGUAAAGAGGGUGUUCCAUUGGGCGAGGAAGAAACUGCAGAGGCCAGAAUAUGACCCUCUUGGUUUAUCUGCAGCCACUCUCUCCCAUGCCAAAGUGCUACAAUUAGACAGUUGAAAAUUGGCAUUUACUGUAUAUGCAAAGCAAGAGAUAUGAGGAGGUGGAGAGUACUACCAGCAUUUCUCCUCCUCUGUAUAGAAUGCUUAUAAGCUUUCAAAUUAAGGAACUUAAAAGCAUCAAGGGCACCACCUGCAGAACUGCAUGCCAGCUUGAAAAAUAUGCUCCUUCCUGUCCUAUCUGAAGGCCAAGAGAGUAGGGCAAGUCACCAUUCCUGAGAGAUCAUUUUCCACAAUUUGGAAGUAAUAAUAAGUUGCAGUGCAUUAUAGAGUUGUAGGACCAUAAGAAGAGUCCUGCUGGAUCAGGCCCAGGGUCCAUCUGGUUCAGCAUUCUGUUGCCACAUUAGCCUACCAGCUGCCCAUAGGAAUCGCACAAGCAGGGCAUGAGUACAGCAGUUUCCCACCUAUGUUCUCCACUACUGAUGUACAAAGCUAAUCCUCUGAUCUGGGGGUAGCCUAUACCAAUUAGGACUAGUAGCCACUGAUAAUCGUAUUCUCCAUGAAGUUAUCCAGCCACCGAUUGUAGCAAUUCAAACUACAUCUUGUGAAACUUAAUUCCAGAGUUUUAGCUAUGUGCUGUGUGAAGAAGUUAUUUCUUUUAUCUGUCCUGAAUCUCUAACCAUUCUGCUUUAUGGGAUGACCCCUAGUUUUCUAGUAUUAUGAGAGGUGCGAAAGAAAGUAUCUCCGUGGCCACUUCCUCUAUACCAUGUAUAAUUUUAUAUCCAUCUAUGAUAUCUCAUUUUUCCCUGUAUUCUAAGAAUUUUGUGUAUCGGUGAGUUUGUUAAUGGUAUAGUUUUGGUUACGCUGCUGCAAUGUGUCCCCAGACUGGAAGAUUGUUACUCCAACUUACAGGGAUGUAGGUUUAAUUUGCAUAAGCCCUGCUUGUUGGAGCAACUGGAAGGAGUAACUGUACCAGGAUGCCAUCAGUCCACUGAUGAGAAAAAACCUUCAUUGUAAGUUCAGUGUUUAUUCCCCCCAAAUACUUAAUAUUUGCACUGCAGCGGCUCUGCUCCCAUUACACAUAUGCAUAUAUUACAGUACUAUUUCUGGAGCAUUACCAAGACUAAAAUUCCAGCUGUUACACUGGAAAGGUUACAAUUUGCCCAAGUCUUGUAGUAGAGGCAACACUUUUUUUUUCAUUUUAUACACUAGUAUCCUAUAUGGAUGUCAGGUUUGGUGUGAUAAUAUUUUACUACUGACAUGGUUCUUACUGUAGUGAAUUUUAUAAACUACUUCUUAAACCUGAUUUUAAACCAAAAUGAAACAUUUACGUAUCACUGGAUUUCAUGGAGCUUUCACAGGUAUUACUUUAAUAGGGAAAGAAAAAUGUUCAGUAUCUCUCUAGCCUAAGAACUUUAGAAUGGAGUGGAGGGCUGCCUCAAUUGCUGUCUUGUAUUAUGCCUGUUCUCUUUUUAUUUGAAUUCAUUGUUAAUGCAUUUUGCCUAUGGCACUCAAAUUUGCUUUCCCAGCAUUAGUGUGGUACCAAGAACUGGAGAAUUUUGUCAUUUCUUUUCAAAAAUCCAAAUCCACAAGAGCAUUCUUCAUUCAGACAAGCUAUGAAAUGAAAUGGCAAAGAAAAUAAAUAUUUGUAACAUCAGUGACUAUGUAGCUAGCUAUACUUUAUCAAAGGAAAUAGUGUUAUCACAAGUUGGUUUCUUUGAAGUCUCCUUUGAGGCAAAUCAUAAAUAGAAUGUGAAUCCCAAGAGACAGAAACUUCAUAGAUUUUCCCAAAUGGUUAAAAAUAUGGCACAGGGCCUUCCAAACUUUUUCCACUGGUUUAAUGUUAAGCUGUUGCUGGAAGUUUCUAACUUAAUUGCAUGUUUAGUUUAUUUUAGUGAACAGUAUUGAAAUGAUUGAUAAAGGCCAGAAAGCUGUAACUGUGGCUUUCUGCUCUUCUGACACAAAAUAGACUAGGAGUCCCCAGCUUAUUAGGAAGGGGGACAUGGGCACAUUUGGGAUGUUGAAAGAGUGCUAUGGGUGCCGUCACAAAAUGGCUGCCAUGGAGAGAUUCUUGACAUAAUAUGGGAAUUCAUUGGGCAUGGUCAGUAACAAAACACUCAGUUCCAAGAAGAUAACUUGAUGAGAAUGGGAGAAAAAACGUAAUACAAAGCAGAGGUGAGGGCUGAGCUUCAAAACAUAAAACCAUUUGAUUGAACCAGGAUAAAGAAGGUACAGGAGAGUAGUACUGGGUGUUGCAGAAAACCAGCCUUCCAGUUUUCCAUAAGAGUGCCGUUUUUUAAAAAACUUAAGAAAUAAAAAUCAAGUAGUUUAGUGGGUGCCAAGAGAAGUGUCUGUAGGCAGCACUUUGGACACCUCAAUCAUAAACUAGUUUUGAACUACCACACUGAGAACUGCUUCUAAAAGUAGUUAACAGAAGGUAGCAAAGUACUUGCUUUGCUUUGCUUUGCUUUGCUUUGCUUUGCUUUGCUUUGCUUUGCAGUCUAAAAUCUUGUUUGGCUCACAGGAUUAGUUCAUAGUGCUGCUGUGUUUGAAGUUAAAUAUUAAACAUUUUAUUGUGUAUAACAAAAUGUCUUUGCAGCCUCUCAGUUUAUACAGUAUAUAGAAAUACUAUUUGUGUGAAUUUUAUAAAACUGAUCAUUGUUAAAAUGAAAUUAAAAAUAUGUAUUAGCCAUAAUUGUUUCCCAUGUAAAUCAGUUUAGUUUAAUACAUAUAAACACUUAUUAAAAUGUAAUUUCUUAGAUUCAAUGGCAGACAAUGUCAUGAGCAGUUUUAUUAUCAAUUUCUUCAAGAUUGUGUGCAAUUUUUGUGACAUACCAUCCUCCUCUAAAAUUAUUAUCACAAUACCUUCAUCCCUACCUUUUGUUUCUCUUGCAAGGAACUCAAACAUCUUACAUGAACCUCCUUUGGAGGUUAGACUGAGAACCAGAAGCUGGCCCAAAGUAACCCAGUGAGCUUCUUGGCCAAGCUGGGACUAGAAUCCAGAUCUUCAAAAACCCAGUCCAACACUCUUACAACUACAAUACACUGCCUCUCUUCCCAUACUUGUAACUACAGCUUCCCAUAUAUAUCUCAUGAUUCAUGUAUAUUUUGUGUGGCCCUUCUGAUGCUAUUUGUAAAGAAAUAUCUUUUGUUGCAUGACAUUUAUUUCAUUUAAUAUAAUGAGUCAUGGUAUAAUUGCAUAUGAUAAAUAAUUGAAUUACACUUGAUUACACAUUAACAACAUAACUUUUUAAAAAACAUUUCU